AUGUCGAAGCAAAGCCGACAAGAGAAAUGGCAGGAGACCCUGGCACUUCGCGCACGCAGAUGGCUAGAAACCACCGGCCCCAUCCCCUACAGCCUCACCAUCACCGUCCCAGCCUGGCACCCCGUCUACGAAAAUCCCCUGAAUUUAGAAUAUCCCCUCCACUUCGACGAUUCCGCCACCCUCAGACCCAUCACCAAAGAAGAAGGACGGGAUGGUUACGCAGACUGGCUCAACCUUGAGACCGACUUCAUCACCACGUUCCCGUGGACAUGUGACUUUUGUCUCGAGAUCAAGUACACCAGAGCCAAGUUCCGGUCGGAUCCGCCGAUGCCGGUGUCGCCGCCGUUCUUUGUGGUUGUGGUGUAUAAGGGGGCUGAUCUUGCGAGUGUGCAUGAGAGGAUCGUGGAGUUGAUCAGGAAGUGGAUGAAGGUGGAGGAUCCGGUUGUCAGGUAUUUUGAUGAGGAUUUCUGA